GGUCUGGUCAGCAUGUAAGCAUUAACGUUGAGUUUCACCAAAGAUGAUCUAGCCUUUUCUCUUCCACUCCCAUGACGACAGUCAGUGACUGGUAAGGAAAUAGUGGAUGGACUGUUGUUGAUUUAUUUACACUUAUGUAAACUCUAGUAUCAGAAUCCCAGAUCGGUAACAUUGUGGGAGGCAACCCGUAUAUCUAGACUAGAGAGACGAAUGUGAACCCAUCGUCGGCGGGUUCUUGAGGAACGCAAAUUACAUAUAACACUGGCUAAUACAGUACCAGUUUCUCCGAUGUAAAAUAAGAGGAGCCGUUGUCAAUCCAAAGGUUGUUCGUGCGCCCAUUUGCUCUUCAAGUUAGUUCUCUAUAACGGUAGGAGAAUGAAGCGUAUAAAUGCCAGAGGGAUAGAGGAGACCUAUUUUUGGGGAACACAAAAGACUCUAAACACACUGAGAGACAUGGAAGGCCUCUCUUGUUACAAGAAUGUUCAGAAAGACAUCCCACAGCUCACUGAUAUUGAGUUUCACAUAUCCAGUGUGACCCAUGUCACCACAAAGUCUGGUCUUGAUGGAAUCUUGGAUUCAGGUGGAUUUAAGGGUGGGGAGAAGAGUCUCCUGUGGUGGGGUCUAGCGAUAGACCAUGAUGAUAUCAGAGCAGCAGAAGACCGUUACCUGGAGAAGAUCUUCCCAGACAGAACACCUGAACAAAGACAGAUGCAGCAACCCAUCCUCAGCAAGUUCACCACCUCACCUGCCUUCAGGAAGGCAUCACGUUAUGGGAACUUCAGGUUCACUUUCAGUCUGUCUGAUCUCCUGAUGAUGUACAGUCAGCAGAUCUGUGGUGGAGAUGAGCCUGUCCUGAGAGUGUAUGGAACUACUGUCUACAAACAAGAGAUUAUGUACACAAUGCUUGUUCACAGUCCAGGUGUACAGGAAUUGGAGAAGUACCCAGCUCUUAAUAAUGGUGGAGAAGAUGUUUUUAUAUACCAAGAAGGGUCCAUGGUCUGGCAUGCACAAGCAGUGUCUGAAACCCAUGAGUUUCAGCCGGUAAUUCAUAGGCCACAGGUGGUUGAAGUGGAACCUUUUGAUUGUUUGUAUGAAUAUGACAAGUGGUAUGUUUGGGACCAUGUGACCCUGGCAUUCCACCUGCCAGAAGGUCAGACCCUACAAGUUGAUAGAGAAGAACUGAUCGAAAACCUCACUGCUUGUGAGGCUGUUGAUCCAUUUCUUGGGGUAAGGUGUGUCUCCAACAGCUACAACUGUGCAUGUAAUUGUUGUCGUCUAAACCGCUCUGAAGCUGAAUACAUUGUGAAGCAGAAAAGAAGAGACAAGCAAUCAGACAGCACCAACAGUACCUCGUAGCUUUUGGAAGCUACAGGAAAUAUUUAUGCAUAUUUAUAACUCAAUUAUGAACCCAGAAUAACCAAACCAACUAUAACACAUUCUUGUGUGGUUUCCUUUCUCAUUUCAUGACAGAGAGCUGAAUUCAUUCAGAACAUCAUCAUAUGAUAAGGAUUAAAUCAUGUCACGUGAGGUGUUUAUAAUUGAUGCUAUUAAGUAUGUAUUACCACUAGACUGUUUUUUCAUAUUUGAUGUAGUUAUAUAUGAGGUUAGAACCCAUUUAAUAUAUUAUAUUUUUCAAUUAAAUUAAAAUAUUUAUGCCUAUAUGUCAAAGUAAACAAUGACUGUCAAUUGGGUGGAGCUCUUUUUCCCCACUCUCAUUAUUUAUACCCCACAUAAAUGUUUAUUGGUUAACACAUACAGUAUUUUGUAUUCUUGCUUUUACUAAGAUAGGUUACAUUUGAUAAGGAGUCAUUGAAAUCGGCUAGAAGAGUGCCCCUCUGUUAUUGAUCCAUUACCAGGGAGCAUCUUAUUACAUUCACAUUAUCUGGUUUCACUGAACUUCUUGUGCAGGUCCAUCUUUCCACCUUAAUAAAAACAUAAAUGUAACACCUUA